UCAGUUAUAAGAGGGCAAUUGAAAUGCGUGCAACUUGCUUUAUAUUGGCCUUAGCUUAUCUACUGCUGCAGUUGGUCAAUCGUGCAACAGCAUUCGACCACCAGGGAUGUCGUGUGGUAAAGCCACAUGGACGGUGUAGCUCCAUUUUGAACUAUCAUCUCUAUAACAAGGCCUUCCCUUCGGGCUAUGAUUUGGCUAGGCGCGGCCUUAUUUGGCCCGAAGGUUUGAAUGCAUCGCAGCAUUUUGUCAUCUUGAUACACGGCUACAAUGGCAACAUGGACAGAUCGCCCAAUGCGGAGAUACGUCCAGAGCUGCUCAAAGUGCCGAAUGUCAAUGUUGUAUCCCUGGAGUUUGGCGCCUUGGUGCCAGAUCCUUGCUAUGUGCAAUCAGUCGAGAAUGCGCGUCCCGUCAGCAUUUGCCUGGCAAGGCAAGUGCGCAAGCUUCUAGGGAAGGCAAAAGUAAGCCUCGAGUUGUUGCAUGUGAUUGGCUAUGGCCUAGGUGCUCAUAUCGCUGGCCUCGCAUCCCAGCAAUUACAAGCUGAAACCAACCUCAGGUUCGCGCACAUUACAGCUCUGGAUCCCGCUAAGCCGCUCUAUCUAACGAAGGAUCUCUCAGCGCGCUUGGAUCCCAGCGAUGCGGACUUUGUCGACGUCAUACACACGGACGUCUUCAUGCAUGGAAUACUGCAACCACUUGGCCACGUCGACUUCUAUCCCAACAUGGGCGUAACGCAGCCGAGCUGCGGUCCCAGCCAGAAUAUUGAAACCCAUCAAUGCUAUCACAAACGCUCUGCCGAAUACUACGCCGAGUCUAUAUUUUCGAAAACUGGUUUCUGGGGCUUCUACUGCACUGAACUCUAUGCCUUCCUACACAACGAAUGCCAGCCGAACACCCGCUAUGAGCUGCUUGGCUACUACACACGCUCCAAGGCACGCGGCGCUUACUUCCUGGCCACAAACCAAGAAUAUCCCUUUGCUCGUGGAUUCAACUUCGAUAAUUUGGAUCGGACCAUAAGGGGCAAGACAUAUAUGACUGAUGGUUUUAUUAAUAAGAUUUCAGAGAUGGGCGAGUCAGCGCGUAACUUAACUAAAUAUAUCUAAGUCAUACAAGAGUUCGACAAGGAUUCCUGAAAUUGUAAUACCAAAGCUUUCAACUUCGAAAUAAAUAA